AUGCCACGCAGCUCAAAGUUCACGCGUGUCCCAGAGAGCGUCUUUGCACUCGUUUGUGCGACUUCCUGGAAAGGGUUUGAGGGAACUGCCUUUGGCAACUGUAUUCAUGAGCAUUCUCAAGCAGAACAGCAGCUCAACAAGUUACUACGAUCCGGAAUCGAAGGCUGCUCACGUGUUGUAGUUCACGACGUGUCAAGUAAUUUAAGUUUUUCUUUCGAGCUUUAUAUAUUUUUUCAGACGGUUGUGGAUCCAUGUACGAGGUGUUUGUCGAAGCAACGAGUUUCAAAGGAUUGUCAAAAGUUGCGCAACACAAAAUGAUUACUUCCUUGUUACGCGAGGAGAUAAAAGACAUGCACGGAUUGACUAUUCGGACAAAGGCUGCCUAA